UUCUUAAAAAUCAGAGAAACCAACAACAAAAUAAUCAGCUGGAGAAUUAAGAACAAGGAAGAAGAGCCUCCAGAAAUCUUCAUCUCAAGAUUGAUAUAAUUACACACAAAAAAAAGAUAUGGGUUACUGGAAAUCGAAGAUUGUUCCAACAAUGAAGAAAUUGUUCGAGAGAAGCCCAACAAACAAGGAUGUUGUUGCUGAAGCUAGCAAGACCCUCACCUUUGAUGAUUCUAAGGAAGCAAUCAACAAGGAGAUUGAAGACAAAAAGACAGAACUGGAACCCAAGGUCUUGGAUAUCUAUGAAGCCACGUCUGCUGAACUCAAGGCUUUGGUGAGGGAGCCUAAAGAAGAUGGUUUAACGAAGCACUCUACCGAAGUGAACAAAUUCCUCGAGGCACUUGUUGAAAUGGGAUUCCCUGGAUCAAAGGAUGCGUGUGAACUUUCAUCUACUAGCUCCGGACCAGUGACGUUCAUAUUUGAGAAAGUAUGUGUGUUUCUCCCGGUGGAGGAGAAGUCACGAGAGGUGGAAAAUGUGGAAGAAGUCGCGAAAACCGAAGAACCGUCCAAAGAAGAAGACACCAAACCGGCCAAGGAAGAUGAGAUUAUUACAAACGCAGUGAAAGAGAAAGAAACAGUUGAAGAGAAGAAAGAAGAGGUUCUACCCGCACUUGUUCCUGUCGUGGCGGCUGCGGAGGAGGAGAAGCCAGCCGUGGAAGAGGAGAAGAAGCCAGCCGUGGAAGAGGAGAAGAAGGAAGCAGUGGAAGAGCAGAAGAAGCCAGUGGAAGAGGUGAACAAAGAAGUUGUUGCCGCAGCAGCUCCGGUGGUUGAAACUCCGUCGACCAAUGUCACAGCAGCUCCGGUGGUUGAUGCUCCGGCAAAGGCCCCCGAAGCCUUGGCGGCUGAGCCAGGAAAGGUUUAAAUAUUAUUCUUCAUGGUACAUUUCUUUAUAAAAACAUUGCUUGUUUUG